AUGCCCAACUCCCUAGGCCACACCAGCCGCGAUGGCUAUCAGUGGACACCAGAAUCUGGUCUCCAAGCCGGCAUACCUUGUCUGGGCACGAUCCAGCCUCCAACAAAGCUCGCCGCAGACAAGAGCACCACCGUCUACGACGUCGCUGUCAUCGGCGCAGGCUACGCCGGCCUCACAGCCAUCCGCGACCUCACCACGACCGGCCACAAGACCAUACUGAUCGAGGCCCGCGACCGGAUUGGCGGACGAUCGUGGUCGUCCAAUAUCGGCGGGUACCCGUUCGAGAUGGGCGGCACUUGGGUGCAUUGGACGCAGCCGUUUAUCUGGCGGGAACUGUUUCGGUAUAACCUCCUAGGGGACAACCUCGAGGUCUCCAUGUCUAGCGAGGGCGGCAUCAACAAGUGUGCCGUCAGCAUGUUCAAGGACCAACCCCAGAUCUUCCUCACCAAGGAGCGCGAAGACGAGAUCUCGGCGAGUGCCCUCAGGAAACUCGUCAAUGUCGACGGCCAGCUCGGCCGCACUGUCAUCCCCCUCCCACACCAGGCCCUGCACAACAAGGAAGCCGUCGCCAUCUACGAUAAGAUGUCUCUGGCAGACAGGUUCGCCCAGGUCGAGCAAGACUUGACCUCAUUGGAGAAGAACCUGCUCGAGGGGUUUCUGAGCAUCACCUGCGGUGGCCAGUGGGAAGACGCCUCGUUCUUCGAGCUGCUGCGGUGGUGGGCGCUGUCUAACUGGAAUUACAGUGGUUUCAUGGAGAUGGGCUUGACUUAUAAGCUCCGGUGCGGACAAAGCGGUCUCCAGAGGUGUCUCUUCGACGAGGCAAGCGCGAGCGGCAACCUCGCAUACAGCUUUUCUACGCCUGUGGCGAGCGUGCGCGACGAGGGAGGCCUGGUGGAGAUCCAGGGUCGGAACGGAGAGAUAUUUCAGGCCAAGAGGGUCAUUUGCGCGAUCCCGUUGAAUGUGCUGCACACAGUCCAGUUUACGCCCGCGUUGCUGCCACUGAAGAAGCAGGCCAGUCUCGAGGGACACGCCAACCACGUCGUCAAGUGCCACGUGGAGGUCGCCAAGCCCGAGCUGCGGUCGCUCGGCUCGUUCAACUAUCCGCAUGGCAAGCUCACGUACGCCUUUGGCGACGGGACGACGCCUGCUGGCAACACGCACUUGGUCUCCUUCGGAAGCUCGCUGCCAGGUGUUCACCUGCAGCCCGAGGAAGAUAUCGAGGUGACGCUGCAGGCCUGGAAGGAAUUGCUUCCCGAUACGGAGGAGAAGGAUCUCAAGAGGAUCGUCUUCCACAAUUGGCACAAGGAUGAGUUUGCGCGAGGAGCUUGGGAGUGGUUCAAGUCAAACCAGGUCUCCAAGUACCUGGACGCCCUGCGGACGAGGCAAGGUAACAUCUUUUUUGGUAGCGCAGACUGGGCGAUGGGAUGGCGUGGAUUCUUGGACGGAGGUAUUGAAGAUGGACAGCGCGUUGCCAAGGAGGUAGCGGAUGACCUUAAGACGAAGGUGGUCACGGCGAACCUGUGAAGGAAGAUGAAAGAACCCAUGGCUAUACACACACCGACUGGGCGAAUUAUCCUUGAAAAUUUGUAUUCACAACGACAGCACUGCUGAAACGUGACCAUCGCUCAUGAGGGGAAGUGGCUGGGAGCUUGGAGAUGAGGGCAUGUGCACUGCUCCGAGGGUGAAAUUGUCAAAAGAAGAAACAUGGUCAUAGCCAUGUAAGAAGGUUCUCGCG